UCCGGUUCACUGUGAAGCUUAAGGGAAUGUCCAUCCCAAAGUCGUCGAAGCUCUCAUGAGACUGUUGUUGUUAGCCAUGGGCCCAUGGCUGUACUGACUCGCAUUCAUUUCAUAUGGAGCGCAAACGAUGUGUGAUCAACGAUGAUGCUGGACUUGCAGCUGAAAAAUUCGAGGUCCGUGAUCGCGCGUGCAUAGGAGAAAUGGUCCGGGCGUCUGCGGUUUCCACACGAGGGCCCGAUACUAUACGGACAAUAGGGCCACAAUACGUGGCUUCAAAGUUACUGGUCUUGGUACUCUCAUCUUCUGACAUGUGGAUGUCCUCUUUCCGUCACGUUACGGACUUCAAUGUGGAGGAUCUUACCGCAACGGGCUCCCUGCUUGCUACCUGUGACGGCUACGCUCUCUUCUGGAACAAACUUCGUUAUCUUCUCUGCUUCCAUCGCACCGAGGUCAACACAUUCAAUCCUCCGGAGGUAGCUCCGGGAGCGAUUGUCCCCUAUGUCAGUUCCAAAUUUGAUAGUUUCGGUCCUCCUGUCAUGUCUUCAUGUUUGGCGGAGGAGGCAUCUCCGAUGUAUCAGCAAGAACCGCAGUCAUGCACGGCUUCGGAAUUCGCCGCAACCCUGGUUCGCGCAACAGAACCACAUCGCCACUGCAGAUAUCAGAUCAUCCCGACUAGUCAGCUUGGAAACUCUUGAGGUGUCAAAUAAAACGUAUGCACAUGAGGUCUGGCUUCAAGAUGCAUAGCUCGCUGUGAUUCUAUCAAAGACCCACUUGGAUCGAGCGCGCGUCGUUCGUUCCAAUAAUUCCCUAUUACCACGUAGCCAGUGGUGGUUGCCAACGAAAAACGGUCAGCAUGUGGAACAUGGCUUGGCUGGAAGAAGGGAAAGUAAACCGGUUGUGAUCUUCAGAACCAUUUUGGCCCGUUUCUAGGAGAAGUCAGCGUCCAGUGUCGUGUAAAUGUAGACGAACUGUUUACCACA